UUCUUGGAGUCAUCCCAGCUUCUUUAUUACCCUCCUUGACCAGGGAAAUAUAGUAUCGUAGUAGGAAUAACUGCCACCAAAACCCUUUUGGCGUCAUAAUUCACCACUUAACUAUUCUUACCCAUCUCUGAUGCCCUCAAUUGUAUAUCUAUUCAUGUUUACCUCGUCCAUUUUAACUUCACAGCGCAAUAGCAUUUAAGCUUACAAAGGAAGAUCUGUAGGGUUGUUUUGAGAAGAAUGAAGACGUCCAAGGUUAACUUAGUGGCAGAAGGCCAGCUUGUUUCUAAGCAAAAUGCCCAUGAUCAUGAUGAUGGUGAUGCUUUUGAAGAGGCUAAGAUAAAACUAAGAGAGAUUGCGAUGAAGAGAAAAGAUGAUGGAAUCUACAUGGUCAAUAUAUCCAGGCUUGAAGAACCCCUCAGUCCAACGGCAUGUGUCAUUUCGGAUCCAUUGUUAGAUGGUUACAUCUUCACCAUUGUGGGAUUCGAGAAAGAAAUCGACGUCAAGUCAUUGAAAGUUUUACUGCAAAAAAACCUGGCGGAGCACCAAAGAUUUUCAAGCGUUGCUGAGAAGGACAAGCACAACAAUCUGAAAUGGUGUGCAAGAGAGGUGGUGAUAGAGGAUCACGUGAUUGUUCCAUCCUUAAGUGUCUCCACUGUAAAACAUCUCGACUUUGUAAACGAGUAUACAACCUCUCUAAUGACUGCUCCUCCACUUGACCCAUGCAGACCUCUGUGGGAAGUCCAUGUGUUAAAUGUUUCUUCUGGAGAUGCAGCAGCCAGCCUUGUAUUCAGAAUCCAUCAUUCAUUAGGAGAUUGUAUCUCUAUGCUUUCCCUCUUAAUAAAUUCCACAACCAAAGCUCCAAAUCCUAACGUGUCACACACCAUCCUACAACAUAUACCAUCUUACCAGAGAUCCAGAGGCUUUCUCCAAAUUGUUUACAAUGUCAUUGCAGGGCUUUGGCUCACAUUUCUAUGUGUGUUCGACUAUAUGAUCGUUCUGCUAUGGAACGGCGACCAGAAUUUAUUGAAAGAAGCGAGCAGAGCAAAAAUUAGUUCAAAGCGUCUGGCUCAUGUUACUCUCAACAUUGAAGAUAUUUACUUGGUCAAAAAGGCCGUUAAUGGGACAUUGAACGACGUGAUUAUGGGAGCACUUUCUGCCGGAUUUGUGCGUUAUACGAGCAGGCGACAAUAUGUGGCAGAGAAAAUGUCAAGAAGUAGCGAUCCAAAUGCAAGUGCAGAGCACCAUCUUCCAUUAAACAUAAGUCUUCGAGCGAUGGUUGCAGUAAAUAUGAGGGGGUAUCCCGUGCUCAAAGAUCUGGAUAGGAACAUGAAAAACCCAUCAAAAUCUAUGUGGGGUAAUAAACUAGGUUUUUGGAUGAUUCCUCUUCCGACCUUCCAGUAUGGAGAUCCCCUUCAAUACUGCCGUGCUACAACAAUGAUGUCCAGGAUGAAGAAGUUAUCUUUCGAGGCCUCAAUGAUAUACGCCAUAACCAAAUACAUGCCAACUAAGUUGGUGGCGUACAUUUCCACUAAACUGGCCGAGAGCACUACAUUGGGCAUAUCCAAUGUGAUGGGGCCCGUUGAACAAAUCCAAUACGGUGAUAACCCCAUUACUCAUAUUAUUCCCACGGCUCACCUUAACUAUCGUUCUAUUGUGAUGCAUUUCAUAAGCUAUGCUGGAAAAGGGAAGUUGGUUGCAUUAGUACCGGAAGACGUAAUUGCAGACCCACAACAGCUUUGUGAGGAUUGUGCAGACGCCCUGCAAGUGAUGAAAGAAGCAGCAGCUAAAACAACUUCACUGAAUUUAUCUUGAACGGAGCUCUUGAUGUUCACCACCUCAGAUUGGAGACUAGUAGGUCAAUAAAGAUUAAUAAAGAUAUGUACUGCGAAUCAAGAUAUAGGUUGUAUUCUAGGGAGAAGGUUUAGUUGUUUAACAUUAAUAUUACUUUCUAUUAAAAUGUGUUCAUGUUAUUGUUUC